GAACGAUCGUCUAUAGCGGGGAGAGGCCCGUGCAGGCGUCGGAAAGAAUAUACUGGGUAAAACAGCCCGAUUCUUGGCUCAUCCCCCACUGUGGGUACGUGCCAUGGUUUUGCAGGAUCGUCACCAUCACCAUCAACCAUCAAAUCUCGUUCCGCGUGAAAUAACCGUAAUCGCCAUUGUUCACCUGCGCACCAGGAAGGAAAAGGAUCUGUCGGGUACGGAGCAUGUCCGACGCUGGAUCUGAAGCCAUGCUUCCAGGCAGAGAAGAGUGCCGCGUACCGCUCAUCGUUGACGCCGCCGCUUCGGAGCCGGAUCAAAUCAAAGGACCCCGUCGAAGCAUUGCAGAACGCGCUGGCGACAUCGGCGGAAAGCGGGAAUCCGACGUCACGCUGUCGCUGGUCGCCGAUUCGACUCUGAGCUCUGUCAACUCAGAGUCCACGGCUUCGAAACAGCAGGUGAGUCCAGCGCUCGCCCACGAAGAAAUGCAGCGAGGCUCGCCUAUGGAUUCCAGCAGAAAGUCCGCGGAUGGACAGCACACUCUGAGCAACGUUAGCGACUCCAAGGAACUCGACGUCUCCCCGAGCGUCCUCUCGCCCCUGCGGGCGCUGCGCAACUCGAUCGCCGCUCCCUCGAGCGUGGUUAAGUUGGUGCGCUCGUACAGUGCGGCGAAGCCCGCCGAGCCCAGCACGAGCGACAGCAGCAUCGCGCAGCGCCAGCGGGGUGCCGCCGGCCACUCGCUGGUCCUGGGCAUCCUUAUGGCCGCCGGCGCCAGCGCCGUCCUCUCCCUCGUCAACGUCGUCAUCAAGCGGCUGGAAUCCGUCAGUUCCCUCGAGGUGCUCACCUUCAUGGCGUUCGGCGUGUUCAUCGGCAUCCUGCCGACGGCCACGGAAGAGGCGCAGCCCUUCGGCCCCAGCAGCGCCCAGCCGCUACUCGUUGUGCGCACCAUCCUCUCCCUGGGCGCGGCCGGGCUGAGGCUGUCCAGCCUGUCCUACCUGACCAUCGCCGACUCCUCGAUCAUCACCAGCCUGACCCCGCUCAUGGUCGCCGUCACCGCCAGCCUAUUCCUCGCCGAGCCUUGCCACUGGACGCAGGGCGCGGCCGUGGCCCUGUCCAUCCUGGGCAUCACCCUGGUGGUGAAGCCGCCGUUUCUGGCAAAUACGGGGAUCGCCUUCACCAAGGAUCAGUACAUCGGCAUCGCGUACGGCCUCUGCCACACCGUCCUGAACGGCGUCACCACCGUCUGCAUCCGGGCCACCAAGGGAGUGUCGCGCAGCGUCGUUGUGUUCCACUACGGCUGCCUCUCGAUGCUGCUCGUGUCAAUCGUGUCGAUCGCCGUGGGUCGACUCAAGAUCUUCUACGACGGUUCGCAGAUCGGGUACCUGCUGCUCAUCUCGCACCUCACCUUCGCCGUCCAGAUGUUCCUCACCAAGGCGCUCCAGAUCGAGAACGCCUCGGUGGUCACCAUAGUGAAGACGUCAUCGGAUGUCAUCUUUGGAUUCGUCAUGCAGGCAGUGUUCUUGAACGUGUACCCGGACUUGUUCAGCUUGCUCGGCGGUACGUUCGUGCUCGUAGGCGUCGUCAUCAUCGGCAUGCGCAAGAUCGCCCAGGCAUCCGCGCCUGAUACUAUGCUCAGGCGGAGGCUUCGAUUUCUACUUUAAUUAAAAAAAAUUUCAUGCCUGA